GGAUAACAGACAAACUCAUAUAGAUAAUGUGCUUUAAAUUCAUGAUUACAUUCCAGUGAACACCAUCCAGUGUGGUUAAACAUUAUAGAUAACAGCACUGCUGGCUCUUGUUUUGUCAGUGAAUUGUGCUUAAUGGAGAAAAAAAAAUCCAAAACAAAACCGGUAAUUUCUCUUUAUUUGAUAAUACGAUCAAAGUUCAGAACAAAGGCCCGUUGACAUUCUGUGUUUUCACAGUGUUGGCUGGUGGAUUGUGAGGAUUGACGGAUUCCUGCAGGAAUGGCAGACCUGGAAAACAGCAAAGAGGAGCAGAUAGAGAGGAAGGGGCGACUGACAGCAACACUUGUCUUGGUGACUCUGGUGGCGACCAUCGGGUCAUCGUUUCAGUAUGGGUACAAUGUGGCCUCUGUAAAUUCUCCAACCCGUUUCAUGAAGGCAUUUUACAAUGAAACAUACAGCAGUCGCUAUGGGUCUACCUAUACUACAAGUUUACAGGAUGUGCUCUGGUCUCUUACCGUGUCCUUAUACCCACUGGGUGGAUUCUUUGGCUCUUUAUUGGUGGGGCCUCUAGUUAACAAAAUUGGGAGGAAGGGAACUUUGCUGCUCAACAACAUAUUUUCCAUUGUCCCUGCUAUUUUAAUGGGCACCAGCGUCCUGGCCAAAUCUUUUGAGGUCAUCAUUGCUUGCCGUCUCAUAAUAGGAAUCUGUGCAGGUUUAUGUUCCAAUGUUGUCCCCAUGUACCUCGGAGAAAUGUCUCCUAAAAAUCUUCGAGGCGGUAUUGGAGUGAUGCCUCAGCUGUUGAUUACCAUUGGUAUUCUUAUUGCACAGAUUUUUGGGAUCCGCAUCAUCCUUGGAAAUACAAAAGGUUGGCCCAUACUGCUGGCUCUUACCGGAAUUCCUGCUGUACUAGAGCUUAUUUUUUUGCCCUUUUUUCCUGAAAGUCCAAGAUACACACUGCUGCACAAGGGCAAUGAGGAAAAAGCCAGAAAUGCCUUAAAGCGCUUGAGAGGUUGGGAAGAUGUUGAUAGCGAAAUCCAGGAAAUGUAUCAAGAGGAUCAGUCAGAAAAGGCAGAGGGGCGACUGUCAGUCAAAAACUUGUGCUCAUUCCGUCCACUGCGUUGGCAGCUCAUCUCUAUCAUUGUUUUGAAUAUGGGGCAGCAGUUGUCUGGAAUCAAUGCCGUAUAUUACUAUGCAGACAGUAUAUACGGAGCAGCUGGAGUGGCAGAUGACACUGUUCAGUAUGUCACAGUGGCAACUGGAUCUGUCAAUGUUCUAAUGACAGUGGGUGCGGUCGUCAUUGUGGAUUCAUGGGGUAGACGACUGUUACUGCUUAUAGGCUUCGGGACAUGUUGCAUUGCUUGUGUAGUGUUAACUAUUGCUCUGGUUUAUCAGACAACUGUACAUUGGAUGCCAUACCUAAGCAUAGCCUGCGUGAUUGUCUAUGUCGUCGGUCAUGCCAUUGGACCAAGUUCCAUCCCAUACGUGAUUACAACUGAGAUGUUUCGCCAGGCUUCCCGUCCUGCAGCCUUUAUGGUAGCUGGAAGUGUUCACUGGUUAUCAAACUUCACUGUAGGGCUCAUAUUUCAAUUCCUUAUGAGUGGAUUAGGCCCAUACUGUUUCAUUCUCUUUGCUGCCAUCUGCCUUGCAACUUUCAUCUUUAUAUAUUUUAUUGUUCCUGAAACCAAAGGCAAAACCUUCCUCGAAAUCAGUCAACUAAUGGCAAAGAGAAAUGGGCUUGAAGAAAAAACAGACUCCAGGGAAUUUGAAGACCUAACAUCACCAACAUCCAAUAGCAUACCGAUAAAAGAAGAUGGUGUCAUCAAAACUGCACUGUGACCAAAUGUUUGCACUCAGGACUCUCUGUAGCCGUUUGCUUAGUUAAGAUGCGGGAUAAGAAAUCCUACUGAUCUACAGGGUUUUCAGAACAGUCAGUCAGGCCUAGUCAGCCUUAUUUAUGCAUGACAGCAGGUAUUGUAUAAAAAUCUAUGGCGCAAUCAUGAUGACAUACAGUAUCUGUUGCCAGGCAAAACAAAGUGUUUGCUCGCUAUGAUGAAAUCUAUAUACCCGAUGCCUUCCAUUUAUCGCAUCAGUCACAUGACAAGCUACAUUUUUUAAUAAAUUUUGACUUGAUAUACAAGCGAUGUCUUGAUAUAAGAGUAGCGUCAUGUCACA